AUGCCCAACAACGUACCUCUGCCUACUCCCACUCCAGAAGAGCUCGACGAUCUGAUUUACUUCUCUCGCACCGGCGAUCUCGAGUCACUGAAGGCGUCCAUCACAGAACUAUGCUCAACACACAGCUGUGCCCCUUCCAACAUCAUCGCCACAGCCAUCGAUAUCGACGAAGAGGGUCUCGGCUCGCAGUCCUCGCUCCUGCACUACCCAGCCGCGAAUGGAAACCUCGAGAUCGUAACCUACCUCCUAAGCCUGUUGGUGCCCUCGGCGUCCCUGCACGGGAGCCAUAGUGGAACGACGGCUGAUAAGAGUGCGCCGCAGCUGGUCAAUCAUCGCAACGUCAGUGGGAAUACCCCGCUGCACUGGGCGGGUGUUAAUGGUCACUUGGAGGUCGUCAAGAAAUUGGUGCAGGCCGGCGCAGACGCUACGAUUAUCAAUGCUGCGGGUCGUGAUGCUGUCGUGGAGAGCGAGGCUAGUGCCAAGGACGGGGCCGCCGAAUGUGCUGUCUGGCUCUUGAAGAAUUGUGAUGGCCUGGAACAGAGUGUGGGGGUGGGAAAGGAAGAAGAGGAGGAUACCGGCUUGGAUGAGCCUACGGGAACUGAGAAUGGUAGAGCAAACUCGACAGAUGAGGUUGGCACUUCGGAGGAUUCAAAACAAACGUGA